GAAGAAAAAAAACAAGCACGUCCUUUUCGCAAGGUUCCCUUCAACCUUUCUUUCUCAUUCGCACGACAAUCCGAAAACCAGUGGAUAGAGAUAAAAUUUGCACACACUUUUUCUCCCCCCCACCCCCCCCUCCCUCCUAACUCCAUCUCUAUCUAUCUUCUCUCUUCUCCUCCGAUCUGAAUUUCUUGGUUAGGGUUGGGAUUCAAUUUCUCAAUUUGGGGAUUUCCAGAUCCGAACAGCAGCUCCUUCCAAACUUCUCAAUUCCCGAAAAUACGAGAGUUGUGGCAUUGUUAGGAAAAAUAUGUCCCAUUACGCUGGAUACGUGGAAGAUGAAUACGAAAUGGAAGAUGUAGAUGAUGAUAUGGAUGACGAGUUUCGUGGUAGAGAAAUGGGCGGCUCAGAUUCUGAUGUUGAUGAAUAUGAGUACUUGAAUAGCAAAGCAGCUGAUACAACUGCUGCUCAAGCAAGAAAAGGAAAAGACAUCCAAGGUAUUCCUUGGGAUAGACUUAGCAUUACUAGAGAAAAAUACCGGCAAACUAGGUUAGAACAAUACAAGAAUUAUGAAAACAUUCCUAAUUCUGGAGAAGGGUCAGGGAAGGAUGGCAAAGAUACAAAGAAAGGAUCUUUAUAUUAUGAGUUCAGAAGAAAUGCUAGAUCAGUGAAAUCAACCAUUCUUCAUUUCCAGUUGCGUAACUUGGUCUGGGCUACUUCCAAGCAUGAUGUGUACCUUAUGUCACAUUUUUCUGUCAUUCAUUGGUCUUCAUUACGUUGCACAAAGUCUGAGGUUCUCAAUGUUUCAGGGCAUGUGGCACCAUCAGAGAAACAUCCUGGAAGUCUCUUGGAGGGAUUUUCGCAGACUCAAGUUAGUACUCUUGCAGUAAAAGAUAAGUUGCUAGUUGCUGGAGGAUUCCAGGGGGAACUUAUUUGCAAGCAUCUGGAUCGGCCUGGAGUUAGCUUUUGUUCAAGGACAACUUAUGACGAUAAUGCCAUCACAAAUGCUGUUGAGAUUUAUGACAGUCCCAGUGGGGCAGUUCACUUUACAGCCUCAAAUAAUGAUUGUGGAGUGAGAGACUUUGACAUGGAGAAAUUUCAGCUCACUAAGCAUUUCCGUUUUCCUUGGCCAGUGAAUCAUACUUCUCUGAGUCCCGAUGGUAAACUUCUUGUAAUCGUUGGAGACAAUCCGGAUGGAAUGUUGGUAAACUCUCAAACUGGAAAGACAGUAAUGCCUUUAUCUGGGCACUUGGAUUUCUCGUUUGCGUCAGCAUGGCAUCCUGAUGGUGUCACCUUUGCUACUGGGAACCAAGACAAAACCUGUCGGAUUUGGGAUGUUCGAAACCUAUCCAAGUCAGUUGCUGUUUUGAAGGGCAACCUUGGUGCUAUUCGGUCAAUCCGAUAUACUUCUGAUGGCCGGUAUAUGAUGAUGGCAGAGCCAGCAGACUUUGUUCAUGUCUAUGAUGUGAAAAGUGGGUACGAGAAGGAACAGGAAAUUGAUUUCUUUGGCGAGAUAUCUGGCAUAUCAUUCAGUCCAGACACAGAGUCACUUUUUAUCGGAGUAUGGGAUCGUACGUAUGGUAGUCUUCUAGAGUAUGGCCGAUACAGGCAUUACUCUUACCUCGAUUCUCUUAUUUGAGUUGAAUAUUCAACCUGCGAAUAAGUGUGUUGGUGUUGCUGAUUCCUCGGUGCGAUUGCAGAGCUUAGUGUAAAACAUAUUUCAUGCAGUUGAGGAGGGUGUAGGUGUAAAUGUAGUAUUUUGUGCAAUUGUAGCUCUGUUUUGGUGUUCCGUCUUUUUUCCCCCUUAAAUGUGUGUAAUAGGGAGGAAUGUACAGAAGGCUAAGGCAAUGAUGGUCCAAACAAAUAGGAAAGAAGACCAGGGUGUCUUAAGGUGAAACAAGUUGGCUGUUUACCUUUUAGAAAUUUUAUCUCAAUGUGGGACUUAUUAUGUGAGAACCUAUCAAUCAUCUGGUUGAGUUUGAUAUUCCUGUCUAAUUUGGAAAUUGAAAGUUACUGUCUGUUCUGUAGCUUCUGUUGUGGGUCUUAA